AUGGCGGCGGCGGCGGCGAGCGGCAGGAGGGCCAAGGCCCCGCGCGGGGCCGCGGGACGGCGGCGGCCGCGCCCGGCGGUCCCGAACGCCCAGGGGAGACCGCGGGCGGCGGCCGGCCGGCCCGCCGACGAGGAGGUGUCCAGCGACUCCGAGACGGAGAGCCUGUCGUUGGGGCGGCGGCGGCGAGAGGCGGCGGCGGCGGAGGAGGAGGUGGAGGAGACGCCGCAGGAGAAGAAGCUGCGCCUGGCCAAGCAGUACCUGGAGGAGCUCCGCCAGCUCGAGGAGGAACGGGCGGAGGAGGAGGAGGAGGAAACCCAGCCGGCGGAUCUCAUCGGCGACCGACUGAAGGAGGACGUGCUCGAGCAGAAGGGCCGGCUGCAGCGCCUGGUCGCCAAAGAUGUGCAGCCUCCGGAUCCAGCCAGCAUCCGUGUGCUGCGAGGACACCAGCUGCCUGUCACCUGCCUGGUCAUCUCUCCUGAUGACAAGUUCAUCUUUUCUGCAUCCAAGGAUGGCUCCCUCAUCAAAUGGGAGGUGGACAGCGGGAAGAGGCUGUGCGUGGUGCCCGGAGGGAAGAAGGGCACGGAGGAGCGGCACAUGGGACACGCAUCCCACAUCCUCUGCAUGGCCAUCUCAUCGGAUGGCAAGUACCUGGCCACAGGAGACAGGAACAAGUUGAUCAUGAUCUGGGACACAGCCACCUGCAAGCGCCUGCACAUCUUCACAGGGCACCGUGACGCUGUCUCGGGCCUGUCCUUCCGCAAGGGGACACACCAGCUGUACAGCGCUUCCCAUGACCGCUGCGUCAAAGUCUGGAACGUGGCAGAGAACGCCUAUGUGGAGACCCUAUUCGGGCACCAGGAUGUCAUCACGGGGCUGGACAGCCUGAGCCGGGAGUGCUGUGUGACGGCGGGGGGACGGGAUGGCACCGUGCGGCUCUGGAAAAUCCCUGAGGAGACACAGCUCGUGUUUUCUGGGCACCAGGGCUCCAUUGACUGUAUUCAGCUCAUCAAUGAGGAGCACAUGGUGUCCGGCGCCGAUGACGGGUCUUUAGCCCUCUGGGGGCUGACAAAGAAGAAACCUCUGGCGCUGGCUCGGCAGGCGCACGGCAUGCAGGAUGCCCAGGGCCUGGAGCAGCCCUACUGGAUCUCAGCGGUGGCCGCCCUGCGCAACAGUGACCUCCUGGCUACAGGAUCCCACAGUGCCAGCGUGAAGCUCUGGAAGUGUGGUGAGGGAUUUCGGAAGCUGGAGCACCUCUGGGACAUCCCCUUGGUGGGCUUUGUCAACAGCCUCAAGUUCUCGUCAUCUGGUGACUUCCUGGUGGCUGGCAUCGGGCAGGAGCACCGGCUUGGACGGUGGUGGAGAAUCAAAGAAGCCAAAAACAGCAUCUGCAUCAUCCCCCUUAAACAGAGAACCACGGCCUCUGGCCCUGAAUCUCCUGGCAGCUCCUAACCCCCGGGUCGUGAAGCAGGUCAUUCUGUCCCUGGAGCUGCACCUUGAUGCAUCCUUGGUGCAGCCACCUCCCUGGGGCUGGCAGGAUGUGAGUAGGGGGUGUCACACAGCCUUGCUGGCCCCCGUGUUGUGAUGUGGCUCUGCCCUCUGCGAGGGUCUGUCCCCUUCCCUCAGGUUCGGCCGGACCUGAGCUCUGGAACAGUCCAUUUUGUAAAAAAAGCAAACCACCAAAACGACUUUAUUUACAUAAAUUACAAAAAAAAAAAAAAAUCACAUUCUUGCU